CUGGGAAAACGAGGAACUGGGAAGAGCGAGUACGAAAUUGUGGCAGAGGUAAACAGCAGAAGUUAUCGGAAGAUCUCAAAGCAAUACGAUGCUAGUACGAACAGGAAAGCCUCGCAGAGACAUGUAGACAUCAACUACGGUCGACACGAGGAGGCAAACAUCCAGAGAAAGCGCUGGGCGUGUUCAUGUUUUGAUGAAGCUCGAGUCACAGGUUUUGUUCAACAUUCCUCCUGGCCGACGCGACGCGGUGGGGGAACCGCACAACUGAGUAAUGCUUUCACUUUUCCAGCGAGAAGAUGGAUGAAAAAUCCUACUACAGCCGGCUUCUCAUCGCACUCCUGAUGGUCUUGUGUUUCGGCGUUAUUGUAUUACAGUACGUCUGCCCUACGUCCGACUGCCAGUUGCUCCACCUGGCAUCAUUGUCCUCCAGACUCGGAAGUCGAGCGCCCGGGGAUCGCAUGAACGGAGCCGGUGCGGGAGAUCCGUACAGCUCAGAGGACGGUGCUUUGGUUCGUUUCGUGCCUCGUUUUAAUUUCACUACCAAAGACCUUAAUCGCGCUGUGGAUUUCAACAUCAAGGGGAACGAUGUGAUAGUGUUCCUCCACAUUCAGAAAACAGGGGGGACCACGUUCGGCCGUCACCUCGUCCGCAACAUCCAGCUGGAGAGGCCGUGCGAGUGCCAUGCGGGCCAGAAGAAGUGUACCUGCUACCGACCGGGCAAACGGGACACCUGGCUGUUCUCCCGCUUCUCCACCGGCUGGAGCUGCGGGCUGCACGCGGACUGGACGGAGCUCACCAACUGCGUGCCUUCCUUCAUGAGCAACCGAGAGUCUCAGGAAAGGCGCAGGACUCCCAGUAGGAACUACUACUACAUCACAAUCUUGAGGGAUCCGGUGUGGCGGUACCUGAGCGAAUGGAGACACGUUCAACGCGGUGCCACUUGGAAGGCCUCUAAACACAUGUGCGACGGCCGUUUACCCACCCUGACCGAGCUCCCCAGCUGUUACAAUGGUGACGACUGGUCGGGAUGUUCGUUGGAGGAAUUCAUGGCUUGUCCGUACAACCUGGCCAACAACAGACAAACCCGUAUGCUGGCCGACCUCAGCCUGGUAGGCUGCUAUAACCUCUCCAUCAUGAGUGAAAACCAACGCUGGGCUGUGCUGUUGGAAAGUGCCAAGCGCAACUUGCGAAACAUGGCCUUUUUUGGUCUAACCGAAUAUCAGCGUAAGACGCAGUACCUCUUCGAGCACACGUUCCGACUGUCCUUCAUCGCGCCAUUCACGCAGCUCAACGGUACGCGUGCUGCGAGCGUAGAGGUGGAACCGGAGACCCAGCGAAGGAUUCGAGAGCUUAACCAGUGGGAUGUGGAGCUGUACGAGUACGCGCGGGACCUUUUCCUCCAGCGCUUUCAAUACGCCAGGCAGCAGGAGCGCAGGGAGGCCCGGCAGCGACGGUUGCAGGAGAGACGCAAGUUACGUGCCAAGGUGAAGCCUUGGUGGGGGGUGACUGCUGUUUUUAAACCCACCAAGGAGCCACCAAUGACAGAACAAUCUCUUGUUUUUUCGGAGGAAAAACAAGCAGAUGUUAGACAAACGCUGGGGAGUGAGACAGACGGACAGAUAGAGGACAACUGGUUAGAGGAGGAUGAAAGUGAAACCAUAUUGGACUAUUUAGAAAACGUGGAGCAGUGGCGGUAGCCACCAGCUAUUUGGGAAGAGGGUUGAACUCAAAACUCUACUAGAAAAUGGUAAUUCCAUUUGAUUACUUUAGGGUACGUAUAAUCCUUUAAAGGAUUAGUUCUAUUGCAGAACAAAAAUGUACAGAUAAUGUAAUCACCCCCUUGUCAUCCAAGAUGUUUAUGUCUUUCUUUCUUCAGUCGUAAAGAAAUUGUUUUUGGAGGAAAACGUUUUAGGAUUUCUCUCCAUGUAAUGGACUUCUAUGGUGCCUCCAAAUUUGAACUUCCGAAAUGCAGUUUAAAUGCAGCUUCAAAAGGCUCUAAAUGAUCCCAGCCAAGGAAAAAGGGUCUUAUCUAGCAAAACAAUCGGUUAUUUAUAUAUAUAAAAAGGUUAUGUACUUUUUAACCUCAAAUGCUUGUCUCGUCUAACUCUGUGUGAACUGUUUAUUUCCGCUUAUGAGUUAGACUUAACGUACGUCUAAAAACUACCAUCUCAUAUUCCCCUCCAACUUCAAAAUCGUCCUACAUCGCUGCAGAAGUACUGUGAAUAUGCAAAGAUGAUCAAACACCCUUUACAAAAAAAAAAAAAGGUAAAAACAAUGUAGGACGAUUUUGAAGUUGGAGGAGAAAAUGAGAUGGGAGUUUUUAGACGUACCUUAACUGUCAUGACCGGAAAAAAACAGAGUUCACACAGAGCUAGAUGAGACAAGCGUUUGAGGUUAAAAAGUGUAUGUGACCCUGGACCACAAAACCAGUCUUAAAUCGCUGGGGUAUAUUUGUAGCAAUAGCCAAAAAUACAUUGUAUGGGUCAAAAUAUAAUAGAUUUUUCUUUUAUGCCAAAAAUCAUUAGGAUAUUAAGUAAAGAUCAUGUUCCGUGAAGAUAUUUUGUAAAAUGUUUACUGUAAAUAUAUCAAAACUUAAUUUCUGAUGAGUAAUAUGCAUUGUUAAGAGCAACUUUAAAGGUGAUUUUCUCAAUAUUUAUAUUUUUUUUUGUACCCUCAGAUUCCAGAUUUCCAAAUAAUUGUAUCUUGGCCAAAUAUUGUCCUAUCCUAACAAACCAUACAUCGAUGGAAAGUUUAUUUAUUCAGCUUUCAGAUGAUGUAUAAAUGUCAAUUUCAGAAAAUUGACCAUUAUGAUUAGUUUUGUGGUCCAUGGUCACAUAUAAAAAAAAAAAAUAACAUAAAUGUUUUC